UUGCCGGCGCAUCAGUCGGUCGCGAACCCCAGCGCCGUCGAGUUCUGUGUUUGCGGCGCGCGCGUCGGCUGCCUGCUCAACCAAUCUCUUGUGCGUGUAGCUUUCGUAGCGCAGCCAUCGUGGAUUUUUCGUGUUCUAACCGCGCCCUGGGUCCUCCUGCCUGUCGGAAUCACCGUACACAGUGGCGGCGGCAUGUUGUCCGUGACUGCGGCGUUCGCUCGUCGCCGUCGGAGGCGCCAGGACGGUGUGCUCGUGCUGCUCAGCGUCGUGCCGCCGCUGCCUGCCGUCGGAUGCCGUGCCUUCGAACAGCGUCACUGCUGCGGUCCGAUGGAUUUCCGAGCGCGUGCCCCGAGCAGCAACUCUACCGAUGCCGUCUCGUUGUGUUAACGGCGCACGGUAGUAGUAGUAGUAGUAGUAGUAGUAGGUAGCUUUACUUAGGAGUGUUCCCAUUCGCGCUUGGCCCCCCGAAUAUCGGAGAAGGAUCUUGCGCCGCGCAAUGACGACGACAAUGGUGGAUGCGACGACUUUGCUGACGGUGCCGACUUGUCGGUGUCUGCGCGAAUCGACCUCGACGACUACGACGAUCUCCAUCGGCGACGGCGCCGCGACGUCGUCUACACGGCGUACCACCGUUUGCGCCUGCCGGUGUUGCUGCUGCGAAUCGCCGGACUGCUGUUGCUGUUCCAGCUUUAUGGUCCUCGAACCGACGCGGCAAAUCGGCGCUGGUUCCUCCUCCUCCUCUUCGUCCCCCUCGCCAGCGUCCAGCUGUGGAGCGGGCGGUCCCUGGUGGCCCAAGGGCCUGCUGCAGGUUGACUCUCGGAGGCUGGCCACCUGCCCACCGGGCUGGCUCCUGUUCAUCGUGCUCGCCGCAGCGCUCCUCCGGAUAGCAGAUGGUUGUUCAUCACGGUCGACGCCUAAGCCACGGCCACCACAGUCAACGGUGCGGCCAAACAUUACAUUCCAGACGUACACAUGCCCUGAGACGUAUGCCAAGUGGUACUGCCUCAAUGGAGCCACCUGCUUCUCCAUCAAGAUUGGAGAGUCCAUCCUCUACAAUUGCGAGUGUGCAGAUGGAUAUAUGGGGCAACGAUGCGAGUUCAAGGACCUCGACGGAACAUAUUUGCCCACAAGGCAGCGAGUGCUGAUCGAGACGGCGAGCAUCGCAGGUGGCGUCACAGUGGCAGUCAUACUUGUCUUCAUAGUCUGCGUCACGGUAUACUUGUACUAUCGGCGUAGGAAAGACAAGACGUUCUUCGACGUUCCAGAUGAGCCGAAGCUCUUCUUCUGUGACAGGAGGAAGGCAACCGGUCCGCAGCCACAGCUCGUCCUCAGGCAGAGUGACCUCGAGCGGGGCAGGGGAGCGCACAUGUGUGAAGAUAACCAGUGCUCCAGCAGCUAGGAGUGAAGUUCUGCUAGUUCCGGGCUACUACUGCUGCUGGUGUCUUUGGUGCAGCACUCACUGCAUUCUGCCAGUCAUCAAUCCUGUUCAACAAAGGGUGUGAUGAUAUAUGCUGGACCUUCUCCUGCCUAACGCCUGCCCCUUCUUCAUCUUGGAGACAAGGACAUUAUUGCUCUGCUACAUUUAUUUAAGCUUCAAAAGACGUCAGGACAGUGCUUGCUGCCCCAGCAGCAAAGAGAGGGAUAGCGUGGUGUGUUGUUCGGCAGGGCUUUGUGGUUUUCCGUGUGUGUGUGUGUGUGUGUGUGUGGAACUGCAGGAACUUCCCUCAUGCUUUUUUGCGCACACGCUUGUUUUAAUUAAUCCCCAUUGUUGUGGAGAAUGACUGUCACUGCUGUGCAUUCGGCAGCCUUGCCUUCCACCCCUUCGCCCGCUACCCACCUGCCUUGCUGCUUGCUACAUCCCGAUGACUGAUUGUGUCGUCGUUAAGUGCUUGUUAUUGAUUUCCAAAGACUCUGCUGUUUAUCCUUGUUCCAUCGUGUAUACAUGGCAUUUUGACAACAUUCCCGGGGCUGCCACUGCUGCGGAGAAACGCCAACUUCACUGGAUUUGACCGGGCGUGACAAACAUUGUUUUGAGUCUCUCUUUUUUCUUCCUCUCUUUCACCCCUCCGCCAUUUGCUUGUUUUCUCCCAUGGGUUAACUUAAACACCUUGUUUGCCAUUCUUCCUUAAGUGGACACAAGAAUGCUAUUGGUCCCCAUACCCCACUCUUUGUUUCUUUACCUUGUUUUGGUCUUUUGCUAAAAACUUUGUUGUGUUCCUUGUUUGUCACUUCUUCAUGCUGCAUGGGUUUGGAAGCCUCGAAGACAGCAUCGCUGUGAUGCCUGUCUUUACCAGGACACUUGCUUCUGCCGCCAUUGUGUUGAUGAUAGUGUGGCAUCAUGGAUUCCACUUGGUAACUUUUUUGCGGCUGUUGUGUUGAUUGUGUGUGCAUGUGUGUGUGUAGAUAGUGUACAUAAUGUGCAACUCUCUUACUGGAAAAAGAAAAGGCAAAAAAAAAAGUGCUAUGUUUCCUCGUUGGCUCGUCCUCUGUUGUCUCCCUCCCCUUCCCUUCUUUUUUAUUAUUUUUUUUCCUUAUUUUUCUUCAUUGUCACUACAAUGAGCCAGCAUUGUUGACGAUGGAGGGCUCUAGAUCAGUUAUUAUGUAAUGAUGGCUGAAUGUAGUAGUGCAUCAGCAUUUCAUCUCACAGCUAUAAAUUACAAGCAGGUAUAAUUACGUGGCUUUAGCAGAUCUAGCAGGUCCUGCGCAAUUAACGCUGCCCAGUACACAGAGUCAGAGCAGUGCUGAUAACAUUUGGUGCAAAAGUUUGUCGCAACGCAGUCAAUGUUCACUAAGACACACAGUACAGUCUAAUACCACCUUAAAAGGGAACAGGCAUGCUUCAUGUGCACCAUAUUAUUUCCUGCCAGUCUGUAAGACUGAGUACUUAAUAUUAUCUUACUUGUUGGUCUGUAAAAUGUUAUGUUGGCACUGUUGCUUUUUUUUUGUUACAUUUGUAGCUAGGUCUGAAAGCAGUAGUCAGUAUACAAGUAAUCAGAGGUAUGGUGACUUAAUCUGGGACGUCUACCUAGCUAACACCAACAUUGUCUCUCAUCAACUUGAGCAAUUUCCUCUGCCAGGCUAACCUGUAGGCCAUUUGCGUUCCUGAUGAGUGUACUGGGCAGUAGCUGAGUAUGCUUAAGGUGCUUUUUAGGUGCUCUUGUUAAUCUAGUGAGUUGUAGAUGUGUAGAUAAUAUUUUGGCACACUGUGUGGGCCUUAGAGUCCCAUCUUUCAUGUCUCCAGGUGUUAAAGGGAAAAAUGAAAAGAAGUAAAACACUGUUAGAACCUACCAGUCACCAUAAAGGAAAUGCACCUUGUAUGGUCCUUAUAAAUUUUACCAGGCAGUGAAAGUAGGUUCUGGGUACUAAAAUAUGCUUUUAGGAAGUUCAAGCUUGAUUGCAUGUCAUUAAUUCAUUAGCCAGUUGGGCCAUAUUCAGUGAGCUUGACCUAAAUGAUUUGCUAUUUUGACGUGGUGAAAUUUCCUCACCUAAAGUCAUCUCUUCUUGGCGCAGUUGAGAACAAAAACUGAUUUCCAGUUUGGUUAUAUUGUACAGUAUACAGUAGCUAAUUAUAUUUGAGAUGGGAUGGAUUCUUGAGGAGCCAUUCAGUAUUGUUUGGCAACAAGAUGUGCACUCGCAUCAUUGUCAGCCUUGACUAAUGAUGCUAAAGUAGGACAUACCAAAGGUGUCAUUCCGGUGCUCAUAAACUUUGCUGAAAUGGUGACCAGAGCCUCUUCAGUGUUUUACAGGCCUGUUAGAUGUUCCUGGUCUCUAAGCACUGUGCCCUCCCCUUCUCUCAGUGGCCCCUUGUUUUCUGUUGAGGUGUGAGGAUUGUACAGCCUUAUAAGUAUGACCAAUUGCUAUAUUAUUAUUAUGAUUAUGACUAUUUGUGCAUUGCAAGGGCCGAUGCACCAUUAAGAGCGAACCUCUUGCUGCCUGUUCUUCUAGUUCCUAUUAUCGUUAGGCCCUUAUUUUUUUCUUUUGUAUUCGAGUGGUUCACCACAGCUUGUUGACGAGCCCACGAGGCAAACGCAUAAGUGCUUUCUUCUUUUUUCUUUUCCCCUCAUGCUUUGUUAACACAUAGACAUUUUUCAAACCAGACUUGACCCCGUGAUGCAUUUUGGGACUUUUGUUUCUAAUGCGAAUGCUUGAACUUUGGCAAUGCCGCAUUUACCAGGGGCUUUGAAUCUCGGGUGCUUGCUUGGUCUCUGCUUUGUGCAACCCAGGCACAUGGGAGCUGUUGUGUUAGUUGCAUUUGUUUGCUUUACAUAUGGUUGUUGCCUGAUGAGAAGCUGUUGUGCAUUCGGAGGUUGAAUUUUCUUGAAUGAAAUCUCAAUGAUGAUAGGGGGGUGAGCAAUCACACAAUGCUCUAUCAUUUGUUGCAUCAUGUUCUUGUGGGUGAUUUCACGAGGUGCUGCACAUUGGCAUACUUUAAGUUGUAAAUUUCAUAACUGAUGCAUAUUACAUAGAAAUUAGGAUUCCUGUUCUUGUCAAGCAUAGCAUUAAGCAUGAAGCUGUAGUAUGGGUGCACACAAGGAAGCUAAGGAAUUGUUUUGCUACAGUGGCAGUGUCUUUUAUGCCUUGUGCGACACAUUUAACUGCUGCAUUUUCUGUGUUAUGUAGCAGACGAUGUUGUUGGGCUGUUUCGUAAAGCUUGCACGACCAUGUUGUGCAGAGAAUGCAAUGGGGAACACGAUAUGAAUUAAUUGUUUCAAGAAUGGUUAGCUUUAAUGUUCUUGCGGUGCCCUAUUACACUGCACUCCAUAUUAUAGUUCAGCACUGGCUUCCAGGAUGCAUAAUUACAAUAGGAAGAUUAUUUCAAACCGCUUGUAAUCGGUAAAGCACAAUAAUGUACUGCAUUGCGUAGCUUAGUAUAUCGCAUAGCAGGUAUCGGUGUACCUUUAUGUUCAUGAGCUAAUCAUUUGCUUGAAAAUCACAUAAUGCUUGGUAGGAGCUUGCCAGUUCGUGUAGGCUAAAGUACGAGUUUGCUGUAAAAGACUGAAUGUUUUGUAACUGUUGAUCACCUUGAAUAAUAGAAUUAGUGCUGUCUAAUUCUUCACCUACAGAACGUUGAUAGAAAAGAAAUAAGUUGAAAAGCACAACACCAUCUGCAUAUCUAAUUGAGAGCCCGGAUUGGCUGGCAUACAAGUACACAUCUCUAUCUAGUCCUCCCUAUUUAUCAGUUGUCUGCUUGGAAAACACAUGUUUAUAUUAGGUUACAGGAUGGUUGGUGUGGUUCUCGCCUCUCUGUCAAUGCUGCCCCACUUGUAUGAUCUUUCGAAUGUUUACAUGAUUGAUAGUGGCAUGUUGAAUAAUGACAUUCUUAGCAAGCAGUUUUGUUUCACAGUGUAGUUGCCCUGACCUUUACCUAUUUGACUUCAGCUAUGACAGCUGAGAAGUUGUGACUUGUAAUAGGUAAGAUAAAAGUCUAUUUGAGUUCAGUUUUGGUGUCAGGAAGCACUUGGUAGCAAUAUUGCAGUUGUUUUGAAAAAUGCUUCAACCCCCAACCCCUUCCCCAAAGCUUUUUGUAUUGACAUAUUUUUUGUAUUGCUGCUUUUCUGGAUGGAUUUAAAAAAUAUAUGUAAUCUGAGACAAAGCUUUGUCACAUUACCACUGUAUGUGCUGCUGACAAGUAAGACUGAUUGCUCUUUUGACUCCUCCUAGCUGAAAUGGAUGGAUCGGCAAAUGACACCAAUCCAGCUUUAUAUCCGAUCUCUUCUACACAUGCGGGCUAGUUCUCUAUAUUUGCUUCUGGAGUAAUUGAUGUGCUGUUUUUCUAUCUUUGGGAAACAAAGAUCAAGCUUGAGCAUUUCUCAUGUUGUUUUUGCAGACACAUUCUUAUUUGUUCCCUCAGAGGGUUUUCCCUUUUUUCUUUUUGCUCUUCGUGCAGUAUAAUGCAAGCCGGGUACAGUCUUAUUUGUUGAUAUUUAUAUGCAUCAGGGCAACCUUACUUUCUUGCUAGAGCUCCGUGCUUUGCUUUAUGCCAUGGGCAACUUUUCUGGGUAUUGGCAGACGAGACAAGUAAGAGAUGGCCAUACAGAUAUGUGUGGCAUGCCUAAGAAUCUUUUUUUUUCAUAGCAUGACUUCUCUUGAAACAGCACAUUACCAGAGAGUUACAUUGCAGUAGUAUACAUUAAUUUUCAGAUUUCCUUCUGGAAUAACUUCCGCUGUCAUGCCACAUUCUUUAUUUGGCAGUUUUAGCUUACUGCUAUGCAAAUUAUUUUUCUUUUCAAUGCCAACAAGACUUCUUUGACAUUCCUUGAAGACAUUAUAUAGGUCUGUAAAAGAUGUCAGUGUAAUCAGUUGUGCAGUCCUCAGGUGCACUUCAGUGUGCUGCUUGAGCCCUGCCCUCUCUCUUAGUGUCUCGUCUAGAUCGCCUUCUCUGCUGCUUUCUCUGUAACUUGCCUCAAACUGAGGGUUUUAAGACCAAAGCUGAUAUCGCGUCGUCUAGGUGCAUCGCAUCUUAUUUAUGAGGAAAGAGAAUACAAAAGUACUUGUGGAAGAAUAAUGUAGAUUUGUUGCGUCGGGUGCCUCGUGGUUCGAGGUCACAAAGAAAAAUAAAAAGUCACUUGUAACAAACA